AUGACUGGAUUAACAAAUGAAAUGGAGAAAAUAAUAAGACUGUCUGAGUCAACCUAUAGUGCGGCGAUUUGUCGUUGCUUGCAAAUAUUUGAAUCGGGUGGUAUAGUUGCGUUACCAACAGAUACAGUAUAUGGUGUAGCUACAGCAUUACCUAAUUCUGAUAAACUUUAUAAGUUGAAACGUCGCAGUCGUUUAAAACCUCUUGGUCUGUUUGUUAGCAAUGUUCGAGAAGUUCAAAGAUGGUGUCAUCAGACGAUUGAUAAUAAUCAACUAAGGACACUUUUACCGGGACCUGUAACGUUAAUCUUUGAACGUUCUACUUCACUUCCAAGCAUUUUCAAUCCAGAACAUGGAACAGUCGGUAUUCGGAUUCCUGAUCAUGAUUUUGUUCGUUCAUUGAUGACUCGCUUAGAUGAUGUUCCACUUGCACAGACCAGUGCUAACAUUUCCAAUGAUCAAAGCAGUCCAGUAUGCAUUGAAGAUUUCAAGGAUUUAUGGCCAGAAUUAGAUUUGAUAAUAGAUGAUGGCAUAGUAUUUCAACGAGAUGGUAAUGUGAAUCGCGAAGGAAGUACAGUGGUAAAUCUGAGUAUACCUGGUACCUAUAGCAUAAUUCGAGAUGGAUGUGCGAGAACCGCGACAGAGGAAAAGUUAAGAGACUGUGGACUAAUUGGGUCAUCAGAUGGUGAUUGCAUGCAAUGA